GCAUAUACAGGUGGUCUAAAUUAAUUUGUUAAUUAGACUCGCUGUUUGCCCGAUUUGAAAUGGGUGCGCAUGUGAGGUAAACAGCAAACUGGCGAUGUCUUGCGAACUAAAAGCAUUCAUUUCCGUCUUCAUAUUAUCAGCGAUAGCACUUCAUCUCAAUUGUCGUUCUUUUAGCUCUACACCUGAGCGGGAAGCCCUUGGUAAUUCCAGUAAAAGUAGUUUCAGAGUGUCAAACGAAUUUGCCAACGAAACUGGAUCUUCACGAAAACACCAAAGCAGUGCGUUGGAAUUCGAAGCAACAAAUUCGAAUUCCAAGCGAAUUAGACGCGCGAGCUCAAAUCGUUACGUCUCCGAGGAUUCUUCCAAAAGAAAUAGGAAUGAAACCCUUCCUCUGCAUUCGGAUAAAAACCUGUAUGGAUUUCGAUCCAACGACAGUGCAUCUAUACACUCUAACAAUGAAAACCCUCCUUUCAGAAGUUUCCAAAAAAGAGCUUUGGAAAUCGAAGAUGGAUUUCGAGCCCCAGCAUUUGGGGGACAAGGAAUCGCUGGGAAAAUUUAUGGUUCUCAAAGUGGAUCUAGCUCGCAGUCCACACAUAUGUGGUUUGCAUUACCCAUGGUACACUGUUCAGAAGAGCUAAUGACCUUAACAGCUGCUGGAAGAGAAUACACACACAUCUUUGUGGAAAGAGUGAAUGCAGCCCCACUGCCUUUAUUCCAAGUGCCUGCAUACUGUGGGUAUUCUGUCAGGGUCACAUGGAAAGAUCUGGUCCUAAUGGCCCCAUAUGAUGGGUGCUACAUCACACAAGAGAAUGGCAGUUAUGUUCUUUCAUUGCUUUGGUGGGGCAGUCCCAUAAAAAUAUCCUGCCCUGUGACACCUGUGAUCUCACAACCAACUCCUUCUGUCUUGUGCUCUCAAUUCGGCAUGGUCAUUGCAAUUGAAGGUGCUCAGGAAGCUGCAGAGAAAUACAGGGUUAAAGUGAAUGCGAAAAUACUGCCUCUCCUAUCUGAGACAUGUGCGUAUCGCAUACAUUCUCCUCCUGAGGUUGUUCUUCUUCAUACUGCUUUCAGCUCAGGAUGUGUGACUGUGACGGAUGAAGAGAACAUCCUCGUUGUCAUCUUGGAUGGAAAGCAGUUCACGCUCUCUUGUCCGUUUCCUCACCACCUGUCGCGAUUUCUUCCCUACCUUCAUUCUCAUCCAUUCCAUCAGCCACUGCAGCCCAAUCAGGAGCAAGUGCCUUUUAUCCCACAUGUUCCUGCUUUCCCAGCACUCCCUGAAACCACUCAGCAGCCUGCAAUAGCUAAACCUGCUGUGAUCCCUCACCUUCUUUAUGAACAACCUGGAGUACUGCAGUUUCAACCUGACAAACACCUGCAUACAUCUCAUCAUGGUGCAGAUCCCAUCCAACAGACACCCAGUAUUUAUCAGCACCAGAAACCACCUGCUCACAUUUAUCCCAUGUAUCAUCAUCCAGCACCUUCUGCUGACACUCCUAAACCAUCUGUUCAACAACAUCUGUCUCUAUCUGUGGAGCAAAUACCACAAACACAUGAAGAGACAGUACCUCAAUACCCAAUGAUGCCGCCUCCACAAUUUUCACCGUACCCUAUAUCCUGUCCUCCUUAUCCUGAGAGAUUCUGUUCUCAGUACCCCAUCCCAUACCAUCAUCCACCAUAUCAUCAGCCAGCCAUGACCACUGCUUCACAACCAACCAUGCAGCCAGUGCCAUGGACAUCAUUUUCUCAACCUACAUACAAACCUAUGACCCCAGCGGUUAUGCAAGUGACCCUGUUUCCUCAGCUCCCUAUCUUUCGUCCGACUCCCCCUGCACAACCGCCCAAGAUGUCUCCAUCCAUUAAUUGCACAAGGGAUAAAAUAAUGGCAACUUUGCCCUCAGCAAGAGCAGAUUCUUUUAAAGUCAAAGAUACAAAGACAAAUACCUGGAUCUCCAUUGCAUCUGUCCCAGCAGCCUGUAAUUACACACUUCACUCCAGAGGUGGCAGCGUUGUGCUUUCAUCACCACUGCCUUCCUGCCACACACAAAAAUUGUCCUCCACAGUGAUCUCUUUAUCUGUCAGAUUCUGGGAUCUCUCUCAACUGCGAUACAGAACCCUACAACUUCAGUGUCACUACAUUGGAGAUACAGGCACACAAUCUACAGUUCCUCCUGUUACAAUAAAACCCCUGCACCAAAUCACAUCUCGCCUUACAACCAAACCAGCUGCUCGACCACUCCCUAAAUUUCAGGUGUUGUGUACUAGCCAACAUAUGAGUGUAAAACUGCCACCUGGACUAACAUCUGACCUCUUUGUACAGGCACCUUCCAAUGGUAUAAAAACAGAAGCUGUUCCUAUUUUGGAGGCCCCGAGUCAUUGUGGGUACUCUGUAAAGAGAGGUAAAGAUGGUACCAUAAACAUCCUCCUAUCUUACUCUUCCUGUCACAUGAAUCAGAAGGAUGGGCUGUAUAGAAUUAUAUUAAAAUAUCAGACACCGAAUGGGCGAACUGUUGAGUCCUUGCUGUCAUGUCAGGCUUCGUUCAGUCAAGAGUGUAACUUUCCACCUGAACAGCAGUUGGUCUGUGGAUCUGGGACAUUAUCGUCAUCGGAGUGCCAUGACAGAGGCUGCUGUUAUUCUGCAGACACUCGAUCAUGUUAUUACCCCAUGGACGAAUGCACAAUGGAUCGGCAUUUUGUGUUCUCGGUUCACUCAUCCGCCGCGGAUCCACCCCUGUCCCCCGCCAGCCUCGUCACUGCUGGGGUCACCUCUUGCACACCCCAAAAAGUUACAGCAGACUUGGCCCUCUUCAAAAUCCCUCUGGAUGAGUGUGGGGUGCACAGAUAUGAGGUGGGUAAAACAGUCAUCUACAUGGUGGAGAUCCUGAACAGAGUGCAGCCCCUCAGUCUUAAUUAUGGCACAAUCACUAGAGAGUCGCCUGUAAGGCUACUGGUUGAGUGUCGGUAUUUACCCGGAUCUGUGGUAAGUGUGGGUUAUUUGGUGAAAAGCCCCACCCUCGGACCUUCUAUCAAAGCUCAGGGGGUGUUUGGAGUUCAGCUCAGGAUUUCAAAAGAUGAGCGCUACAAUGAUUUCUACCCACAAUACCACCAGCCCCUGCGUAUGCUGCUGGGAAAACCCCUUUACCUGGAAGUGCGUCUGCUAAACCCUCCAGACCCUACUGCUAUGCUGUUGGUGCAUUACUGUGUUGCAUACCCACGCUCUGCAAAGUCUGCAUGGAUCCUUAUUUACGAUGGGUGCCCAAAUUUUCUUGACCAUACCCCAACCCACAAGCCUCCUGCAACACCAGCAGAAGCCUUGACCAAUCACGUUAGACGAUUCACAAUCACUACAUUCCAGUUCCUGCCUGAAGAUGCCAAUCUGCAGACAGAUGAGGAGAUUUAUUUUAUGUGUUCAACGGAGGUUUGUCUGCCCUCAGAUGGUCCAUGUGUUGAGGGCUGCUUUGCAGACCCCUCUAAUGUAAAGUCCUGAGAGAAGGCUGAUGAGCUGGACAAAGCCCAACUAAUAUAUCACCACUUUUUGUUUGAAAGAUGUACAUCGUCUCAACAGCAAUCACAAAACAAUAAAACUUUGAAAGUCA